AUGGAUCUCAUCGAGCGGUCCAAGCCAUUCAACACCUGCCCGAUGUACACCUGCGGAUGCGAUGAGAAAUAUGGUCUUGACGACGCGUUGAACGCCUACCGGAUACUGAAGGGCAAGGAUGCCUCGAUGGUCUGUUUCUAUCACGGGCCGAGAACUUGUGCUAACUGCCGCACGUUGCCGACGGUACUGUCGCCGAAGAAGUUCUUCGACCGGAUCACGCCAGAUGCAGGCAAGGUAAGCUCUCCCAUGGCUGCGCUGCGAAGAUAG